AUGGCAGACCAGACACUAAAGACACUUCACCCAUUCCUGCAAGAGAAAGACACCAAGGUUUCAUCCGGGACGGUGAAAAGCUAUUCACAUGACACUGGCUCGGGUCCAGUACUAUGCAUGGUUCAUGGAUGGCCCCAGAGCUCAUACAUGUAUAGACACAUGGUGGCAGAUUUGAAAGAUAAAAUCACCAUGUUCAUCCCGGAGCUUCCAGGCUAUGGCUUCAGCUCAUUGCCUCCGAAGCACGACAAACGCACCGUAGGAUCGAUCCUCAUGGAAGCACUCCAACAAGUCUUCGGCAAAGAACGACCCGUAAUCUGGUGUGGCCAUGACCGCGGCGGCCGCAUUGGACAUCGUCUGAUCGUAGACGCCAAUCCAUCACACAACAUCCAAUCUGCAAUCAUUAUGGACAUUGUCCCCACCAGAGAACAGUGGAGGGUCUUUUCCAACCCAGCCGCGAGCGCAGCAUACUAUCACUGGCCCUUCCUAGCGAUACCCGCCGCCCCUAUGCUCAUUGAAGCCAUGGGUCCAGGAACUUAUAUCAAACAUUCCCUUGAGAGAGCAAAGGGAGGCAACGAGGUCGGCACGGCAAAGUUCAAAGAAAAUGAGGCCAUUGCACAUUAUUGCCACCAGUUCAGUUCGCCCGAGUGUAUUGCAGGGUCUUGCGGGGAUUAUGCAGCCGGUGCGACGGAGGAUGUCCAGGAGCAAGAGAAGGAUCAGAAGGAGGGUAGAAAGGUUAAGAUCCCACUUUUGGUGAUUUAUUCGGCAUCCAAUCUUGGAAGGAUGCAUGAUGUGCCCAAGGUCUGGAAAGAUUGGGUGGAGGGUGAAUUGCAGGUUGAGGGCGUCGGCAAUGGAGUUGGCCAUUAUAUUCCUGAGGAAGCCCCGGACGAGGUUACCAAAUUGGUUGUAAAAUGGAUCGAUGGACAGCAGAAGUGA